AUGGGCGGCGGGUCGCCGUGCGCGUCGUGCAAGCUGCUGCGGCGGCGGUGCACCAAGGACUGCAUAUUCGCGCCCUUCUUCCCCGCCGACGACCCCCACAAGUUCGCCAUCGUCCACAAGGUCUUCGGCGCCAGCAAUGUCAGCAAGAUGCUCCAGGAGCUGCCGGCGCAGCAGCGAGGCGACGCGGUGAGCAGCCUGGUGUACGAGGCGAACGCCCGCAUGCGCGACCCGGUCUACGGCUGCGUCGGGGCCAUCUCCUUCCUGCAGAACCAGGUCUCCCAGCUGCAGAUGCAGCUCGCCGUCGCGCAGGCCGAGAUCCUCUGCAUCCAGAUGCAGCAGCGCGACGGCGGUGGCCACCACCAGCUGGACGGCGCCUGCGUCGACGACCACCACCACCAACACCACCCGCUCUUAGACCACCACCAACACCACCAGCAGAUGGCCGUCGACGCAGCCGACGCGGCGGCGUUCCUGGUGCAGAACGGCGGCGGCGGCGCAGGCCCGGCGCAGCUGAUGAGCAGCUACGGCGGCGCGGCGGCCGCCGGCGGCGGCGUGGUGCACUACGCGGCGGCGCAGGAGCACCUCAAGAGGGAGUCGCUCUGGACGUAG